AUGCCAGCAAAAGUAAUUCCACAUGACGUCGAUGUCGACGUCAACGAUCUUCGAAAACCAGUUGGUCUCUUCCAUCGCUCCGCCGUCAACAUGGAGCUGAAGAUCCUCACAUUCAACUUCUGGGGCCUGGCGUUCCUGUCCAAGGACCGGGCGCCGCGUCUUGCUGCCCUCGGGUCCAUCCUCGCCCGUGGUGAACACGACAUUGUCUGUCUCCAGGAACUCUGGAUACAUGACGAGUAUGAACGCCUCCGCCAAGACAUACAGGGGGCGUAUCCCUACUCGCGCUUCUUCCACACCGGCGCGCUGGGCUCUGGCCUUGCAAUCUUCUCGCAGCACCCCAUCACCGAGUCGCACGCGCUGCCGUACUCGCUCUCGGGCAUGCCGCACCAGGUGAUACAGGGCGACUUCUACGUCAACAAGGCUGCAGCGCGAGUGGCCGUGCGGCAUCCGGCGCUCGGAGAGAUCGAGGUCUGGAAUACGCAUAUGCACGCGGCAGGGGAGGGUGGGCCAGACACGGUCCAGGCACAUCGUAUGGCGCAGGCUUGGCAACUCGCCACGGAAGUGCGGCGCGGUACUCGAGGCGGGCGGUAUGUGUUUGCUAUGGGCGACUUCAAUUCGCAGCCCUGGUCGAUUCCCAUCGCCCUACUGCGGGGUUACGGUGGACUGCGGGAUAGCUUCCUCGAAGCGCAUCCUACGGCUAACGACCCGUCUCCGGCCGGGAUUACGGCCACCCAAGCGCUCGAGAGCGCCGGCAUGACAUGCGACUCGACCCUCAACACGUGGAGCCAAGGCAAGCCUAUCCCGGCCCACGUCACCGCCGCCGGCGGCAAGCGUCUCGACUACAUCUUCUACACGCCGUCCGCCCACGAGACUGGACUGAGGUGUUCGAGCUCCAAGGUGGUACUGACAGAACACGUCCCGGGUCGUGAGAUGAGCAUCUCCGACCACUUCGGGCUCUCAUCGACCUUCAUCCUCUCCGACGAGGUGCACCGACCAACACCGGCAUCGCAGGCCCCCCUCCUCCUCGACUCGGAGAGCGAGACCUCGGUGAUCCACCCCACGCCGGGCGGGAGCGUGUACGAGCUCCGCCGCGCCGACAGUGCGAGUGACGGGGCGGUCCGGGCUGCGCUCGCCACCAUCCGCGCUUAUGGCCGGCUCGCACGUCAACGCACCCUCCGCUUCACCGCUUUGAUGGUCGCGUGCAUCAUCGCCGCCGUGGGUUUGGCGGUGGGCAGCGCGUGGCAGCCCAAGCCGUGGAUCCAGCCGAUUUUUACCCUGCUUGCUUUCGCACUAGGGGCGUUUGGGGCUACGAUGCUUUAUGUUGGCUGGCUGUGGGGGCGCUGGGAGAGGGGACUGCUCGAUGAGGUCACGGAUGAGAUGGAGGAGGUGUUGCGGGCUAGCGAGGAGAGCCGGUAG